UGCUCGACAACAGAUCAAUUCCCAUUCAUAUCUGAUCAAGGGAUUCGGUACACGAAGGACAUCCGUGUGUAUCAUUCUCAUUUCACUCCCUUCAUGAGAAAGUCCGUCCUUCUGUCGACAAGAAGAUCGUUGGCCGACUGAGGUUGCGGGAAGCACCAUCGGCAAAACAAGUGAUCGAGGUUUUAAGACCAGCCUGCCCAAGGGUGUCAACAUAGCGAUGAAAUGGUCCGCCUUUCUCACAACAAAGCAAGAUGCAUCCAUAUGCACAAUUUCCGCCGAGUGUUAUUACGCGCAUCCAAAACCACAGAUACACAGGUCAAAUAUGCCCCCCUCGCCGAACUCGCACCUCUGUCUAGCAACACCCUCAUUGCAUCGACUUAUGAUACACUUCUUGCUCCUCUCCUGACCCUUUUCACGGAUACCUUGUCAUCUGUGACAUUCCUCAUUAAGUGCUCGCUGCACAGAUACACGUUCCAUGCGCUCUCUGCGCUCUUUGCCAUAACCAUGACUCAGAGUCGCCAGUGGGAAACCGUGCUAGCAACACCUGGACGGGAGGGAGAUAACCACCAGUGCCAAUGGCCGCGAAAACCGGCAUAUCCAAUUCGUGUUGCGGCUGCUCUACCUCCACUCUGAUUAGCGUGCAAGUCUUGGUGCUAUUCCAACUUACUAUCGAAGAUAUUUGAUCGCUGCACGGCACCUGACUUAUAAGCAUGUCUGCUGACAGUGUUUCGGAUGGCUUAGUUUGUAUAGCGGAGUUGUCC